AUGCUUAUUCUACCCGUCCUCGUGGCGCUUGUUGCCACAUUGGUCGGUGCCGUGCCGUCGCUUGAGGUCCAUGGCACCGAUCUUGUCAACCCCAACACUGGCAACAAGUUUCAGAUCGUCGGAAUUGCCUAUCAGCCCGGGGGCAGCGCUGGAUACGACCCCAAAGGCGGCAAGGAUCCCCUCAGCCACGCCGAUGUCUGUCUCCGAGACGCCGCCCUGAUGCAGGUCAUGGGCGUCAACACCAUCCGCGUCUACAAUGUCGACCCCAACGUCAACCACGACGAGUGUGUCAGCAUCUUCAACGCUGCCGGCAUCUACCUCAUCAUUGAUGUCAACUCCCCCCUUGUUGGAGAGGCCAUCACUUCGUUUGAGCCCUGGACGAGCUACUACAUGGGGUAUCUGAACCACACUUUUGCCGUGGUCGAGGCCUUCAGCAACUAUCCCAAUACUCUGCUCUACUUUUCCGGCAACGAGGUCAUUAACAACCUACCCUCGGCCAAGGAAGUGCCACCCUACCUACGCGCCAUCACCCGUGAUCUCAAAAACUACAUCAAGAACAACAUCAAACGCAAGAUUCCCGUUGGUUACUCGGCGGCCGAUGUCCGCGAGGUUCUCUGGGACACGUGGAACUUUAUGCAGUGCGCCGACGACGGCAGCCCGGACGACAUGAGCCGCGCCGACGUCUUUGCUCUGAAUUCGUACAGCUGGUGCGGACCCGACGCCUCGUACGAGAGCUCUACUUUCAACGUCUUGACCGACCGCUUCAAGAAAUCGUCGGUGCCCGUCUUCUUCAGCGAGUACGGCUGCAACAAGCCCACGCCACGUUACUGGAACGAGACCAGGGCCAUCUACGGCGACAUGACAGGCGUCUUCUCGGGCGGCGUAGUCUACGAGUGGACCGAGGAAGAGAAUGGCUACGGCCUGGUCAAGGUCAAGGGCAGCGAGCUCAGCAUCAUGGGCGACUACAACCGACUCAAGUCCCAGCUGUCGAAAAUUGACUGGAAGUCUGUGCAGUCGCAGUCAGCUGCAAGCGACAAGGCAGCACCGCCACCCGAUUGCGAGUCCAGUCUCAUUCUGGAAAAGGGCUUCAAGAGCAACUUUACCCUGCCUGCGGUCCCUCCCGGCGCCCAGACGCUCAUCGACAACGGCAUUCAGCCCAAGCCUAGCGGCAAAAUCGUCAAGGUUUCCGACUACGAUGUGCAGAUGGCGGUCAAGGGGGUGUCGGGCCUCAAGGUCAUCCCCCUCAAGGACGACGAGUUCAACUGGGCCGGCAAGAACGAGGCCGACACUGGCAGCGAUGCGGAUCAGAAGACGGACGGACGGGACCAAAAGACGGGCGGAAAAGAUCAGGGCAGUGCUCAAGGCAGCGAUAAGGAGGAUGCGGCGGUGCUGAUACGGCCACUACUGUGGGCGGCGGCACUGCCAUUGGUUGCCAUGGUGUUUUUUGCUUAG